AUGGGGGCUAUGGGGAGCAAACAGCUUGCGGAGCGGAUAAUCAUCGCUUGUGGUCAGGUUAAUGGAGAUGAGCGUAUAGAUGGAGUUCUACUUCAGGAUGAGAAUUUUAAAGAACAGCUUGCAGGUCUUGAAAUUCCAGCGCCUCUACGGCAGCUUAUUAGCAGUCAGGCAGGGAGAAAGCGCCAUGAAUAUGGUGAAGAGAAAAUCAUACAACACCGGGCUUUUCAGACCUUGUGGGCAGCGCCCGCACCUAAGCUUCACCCGGCCGUCGGACGUGCUCUUUACAAUGGACAUAACGAUCCAUCAUCACUCUUUCGAGGUGUCUCAAAGAAUCUCUGUCGAGAGAGCUCACCCGCUGACUACCUCAACUACCUGUAUGAACUUGACCAAAGUCGUCAAGUUAACGGAGUUCGAUGGCGUCUGUCUUUGAUUCCCAUAUUGGAGCUGUUUAAUAAGUUCGGCAAUCCGCAUGCAAACACUGAGACCUACGACCACCUUUUUAGGCUUAUCAGCGAAUCCAGCCUUCGUUUUCAACAUAGAGACAAAAUUCGCAAGUGUCUACCGGGAUGGGUAUCGAAAUCUAAGAGGUAUAACACAUUGGUAGAGGAACUAGGGAUAGGCAGCCUUUGCGUCCUUCCUGACAUCGGCGAUUCUCUUUGGGAAACUCACCUGCCGAUGGAAGGACCUGUGCAUGCCGCUUGUACGGCAUUAUUGUUGGAUCGUGGUAUUAAGCAGGCCGCAUCUGCGACAGUGGACGAUAGAGGUAGUAUCACAGUCGGUACCGCUACGGAGACAGUUAUAGGAUAUUUGCGCAGCCUUCUUGAUAAGAUCCCAUUCCUCUAUCAGGGGCUGCAGUUCGGUUCUCCUGUAAGACAAGGGGAAGUACGUCGGCGCAGGAAGCGUAGCGAAUUUGGCCCAAACGAAACUUUCAGGAGACGGGCUUCUUUCCAAGCAUGUGCAAAUGAGCAGACUACACGGCCACGACAGGAUAAGACUACGCAACAAACUCAGAAACGCCGCCGUCUACAUGCUAUAUUGAGCAACCAGCAGAGCGCAAGGAGCCAAGAUGGGUUGAUACAUCGUUCCCACGACGUGCAAAGUUGGACGGAGGGCGGACAUGGAAGCGACCUAGCCAAUAUCUACCCAGAGGUAUUAACAAAUAGAAAUCCAGAUGAUUUCGCGCGAGCUCCAAGCGAACAAGCUACUACCGCCAAUCAACCAGUUAAUCAGGAAGUACAGCAACCUCAAAGUCAUGCGAUGGAUCAGGAGAUCGAGAAUUCAACCCAAAACCUGGAUUUGCUUGCUAGAGCCGCCGCAGACAGUAACGCUCCCACAAACUCCGAAAUCUCUUCGGGCUUUACUGAGGAAGUAGCGGCUACUCCGUCGGAAUGGACGUCAAUGGGACCUGAGGUAGUAACCGACGGAGAGCUGGAGGCGAACAGCCUGUCAGGUUUACAGUUGCAACACUUCCAAUCGUUAUCUGCACACCCCAACGGGCAGAAUUCAGGCUAUAUAACGCACGGGAAUGUUCCAGGUGAGAUGGACAAAGGCCGUACCGCGUUGGCCGGUAGCCUUCCCUUUGAAGACAGAAACCACUCCAAGCCUGGACAUUGA